AUGGGAAAAAAGCUUGACUUGUCUGGUUUGACAGACGAUGAAGCCGAACAUGUGCUGCAGGUUGUCCAGAGGGAUUUUGACCUACGGAAGAAGGAGCAGGAACGACUGAGCGAGCUGAAGCAGAAGCUAAACGAAGAAAGCAACAAGCGCACAAUCCUUUCCAAGCAGGAGAAGUUCAAUGAAAACUGCUGCAUCCGCUGCUGUAGCCCAUUCACCUUCCUCAUUAACACCAAGCGCCCUUGUCUCGAUUGCAAGUUCAACAUUUGCAAGAACUGUGGGGCGUACAGUAAAAAGGAGAAAGCCUGGAUCUGCACAGUCUGUCACCAGGCCAGGCGCCUGAGGACCCAGUCUUUGGAAUGGUACUACAAUAAUGUCAAGGGAAGAUUCAAACACUUCGGCAGUGCUAAGGUGGUUCAUACAUUGUACAAGAAACGCCUUACAGGAAGGAGGAGCUCAUCAAGCGUACUAGAAGGUAAUAUUCUUGCUGACAGCCAAGAGAAUGAAGAGAGUAUUUGUGGAAAUGACUCUACGUCCUACAGACAAACUGAAGGUCACACAAUCACUGAAACUCUAGCUGUGGCUCUGCGGGUGGCAGAAGAAGCAGUGGAAGAGGCUAUUACCAAAGCAGAAUCCUUCAGUGACAGUUUGGAAAAGCAGAACGAGAGGCAUUAUUUACAAGAGCACAAGGAGGAACUGAUUGAAGAACUUGCUACAACUAUAAUGCAGAAGGUGAUAAAGAGGAAGAAGUCUCUGAGCAGACUGACCGACUCUGAACCCGGGCAGCCACACUUACAAACCAGAGCCUCAAUCUAUCCAGCUUCCACAAAAGAAAAUGCCCUCCCUUCUCAUGAGAGCUGCAGAAGGAUAUCAAAUCUGUGGAGAUCUCGCUCUGAAUUCUCACUGACAAGCGAGGAAAACCUAACUAAAGAGCUAGCCGAAGGCAACCUUAAAUCCACUAUCUCAGAGGCAACGUGGAAGCAGCGACAAUUCCAGCCCUCAGAGACUACGGAAUUCCGACCCUAUUCACUGCCAAGUUGGAAAAGCAUGGACUUGCUGGAUAAUGCAGGUUGCUCAGCUAUGUUACACAGUCCUGAUGGGAACUGGAUGGCAAUGCAAAGCACACCGGCUGGUCGCCCUCGAUUGCUGGCCAAGCCAAAGAGCAGAAUGUUUAUAGCACUGGAGAGCGAAGCGGAUGUCGUGUCUGCCUAUGACGAGAUGGGAACAGACGACGACAACGACGAUGACAUUGGCUGGAGCUCAGCCAUCGGUGAGCUUAGACAGCAUUCUGGAAAGCUGUCGGAUGAGACCUACUUCACGGAUUCGCAGCACGAUAACGACUGGCUGUAUACCGAUGGAAAGCACCGGUUGGUCACCUCACCGUCAUCUGGCCGCUACACCAACACUGAGACCAUGUGCUCAGACUCUGAAACAUCCUCCACUGGUUCCGUACGGAUACCUGUGCGAGGGUCGGAUGAUCAGGUUGUAGCAGAUGAAAGAGGACUGAACCACAGGGACCACAAACCGGCCGGCAUCCAUCAUGCCGGGCCACUAGAUGUAAACUACAAUGCACAGACUCGAGGCUUUGGGAAUGUGGACAGCAGCGAAGCUGAGGAUACUCCUGAUGAAUCUGAGAGGAAGCACCGAAGAAGGAAACGGAGCAAAUGCUCAUUGCAGGAGCAACUGCACGAAACAGAUGGUCAUUUGAAAAGUCAACAGUCGGUAUCUAAAAACUCAUGCCAGCUGCAGCAGCUUUUUGCAGAAGAUGAAGUACAGGUUCGACCUUUUAGACCCAAGGGCGGGAUUUUCCAGUCCCGCCCGCCCACCCAGGAUCGUACGGCCCCGCCGAAAGUCGAUGGAUUUUUGGCCAGGUCACCCGAAUCUCUCACCACAACGGGGCCGGAAAAUCCCGGCCGGAAAAUCCCGGCCAACCGGAGGGCUGGGAUGAGAUGCACCGUCACCUUUAGAAAAGACCCCAUAUCUUCCCGGAGACGUCUGCCUGCUCCAUUAGGAGUGCAAGAGCUGAAGGGGACACCUUCACUGGGGGGGUUUUUAGCCAGGCCCCAGACCUCUUCCCCGCUAUCAGAGCAGUGUGGCAGUGCUCUGAUAAUCUGCUGGAGUACAGGUGGCACUGACAGGCCCCUCGCCAAGCCGAUGACCUCCACAUGGAUCAAAGCGUUUACUGUGGACGUGGUCGGCAGAGGAGAAAACACAAUCAAGGAGUUGAGCAGGUGUAUGUUCGCGAUGGAGCAGAGCCUCACGAGACUGGAGAGGCGAAUUAGCUUGGGGACCUGGAGCAGAGAGGAAUCGCCCAUCCCUGCACAUAACAUCCAAAACCCAGAGGGACAAUCCCACCUGGACACGGAGAGUGGGGUCACAUUUUCUAGAACUCAUGCAGACUUAAUGGAAGAGAAGCUGAGAUCAAAGUUAGUUCAACUAGCUACAAAAUUAAGUGACAAGGAGUCAUCAUCUGGGGAUGAGCUGGAUCCAGAGACAGUCCAGGAGACGUCUUCGUGUGAUGAAGACCACAAGCAUAUUCAGGAUGAACUCAUGAGAAAGUAUUCUGCCAUCUCUCUCUGCAAUAUUACAACAGAAGCAUUGAAAGUCAUCAAUGCCACGGAAGAUCUGAUUGGGGAGGCCACAGGGACAAGUGAGUCCCAGUCAGAGUCGAGUGCAGGAAGAAUUCCUACGGGCACAGAUGCAAUGAAGCUCGAGGAGCAGCUCUCUAAACUAGAGGAAAAUGUUUACAUAACAGCGGGCACUGUGUAUAGUCUGGAGGGACAACUGAACGAUCUAGAGGAUUGUGCACGGAGCAUUCACAGUAUAACUACGGAAACGGAACUUGCAGAUCUAGAGGACCAAGUGGCAACAGCAGCUGCUCAGGUUCACCAAGCAGAGCUCCAGGUUUCAGAUAUUGAACGCAGAAUUUCAGCUCUUAAUGUGGCAGGUUUAAAUGUGGUUCCCUGUGAACGACUGCUGAAGAAACGUAACCAGCCAGAUGUGAAGGCAGAGACCAUUGAUUCUUCAAGGCAACAGAGGAGAAAGCUACCAGCUCCACCAAAGCAAGGAGAGACAGUUAACAACGCUCCAGGCAUGUCUAUCAGGACAUACAGCAGGAAUGGCUUGUUACAAGAUACAACAUCACGGCACAACCUAAAGGAAGACACAAGCAUUGUUGAUGAUUCUGCAGAGUCUUUACCGUAUUAAGAACUGGACACCACUCUGAAGA